CCACGUUCAGGUCAAUCUCUACAACAAAAUUUCCCGUCAUUUCCACCAUCAAAAUUCCAAGUAAAUCAAAUUCCUUCCCUAUAUAAUCAAAUAUCAAACGAUCGCACGUAUGAUCAUGAACGGAUUCAAAAUAUGGGCGUUGCAGGAUCUAUCACACAUCCUGUCCAUCAAAUUCUUGCAGCAAGAAGCACACGUACCGUCGAACAUGCUCAAACGUCGCUUUUGGAACUUUCUCGAUUUCUUUCGCAAGGAAAAGAUCGCAAAAGUCGAUUCAUUGAAAACAGCAGUCCACAGGACUUGGACCUUGCCCGAAGUUGUCGCGACGUUCCUCGGGUUUCGAUCGCCCGCGCACAUUUUGCACCUCGAAACAAGCGCGAAGAUAAAACACAUAAAAGCAUUAGUACCUUUCACUAAGUACAACGGCUCGUCGUUGCUGGACGAGAAUCCAAUAUCCAGGAACGCGGUAUUGAACUUGACGUGCUACAGAACGCUUAGAAACGUGCAGGCUGAUGAUUUCGUUCCCCAUAUUCAAGAAGCGCGACAAGAACAAAGUGCACGCUAUGAAUUGUUGCAGCACGAUCGUGCUGCGAAUCUGACAAAUCGGAAUCCUUCGUCGUUUUCACCUCGUGCAACACGUCGCGUUUUCUCCUCAAAAAGUUGCACUGUGCUCCAGAGAUCCGUUAAAACGAUGGCGCCCUCGACAAAAGGCUCGAACGGGAUGCCCAAUACAAACGUAUCGAUCGUUCCCUUGAGAGGCACGCGAUCACACUCAGGCUACGUGUCCCUGACAAGAGUGCGAUCAUUUUCCUGCAACACUUCGAAGCCGUGGAAGCCCGCUGAUUGCAAAGACGAUAAUCAGCAAAAGUCGCAAAGUCGACGCGAAUCCGAGAGCGAGAGGAAGAUCUGCGGAGAGAAGACGCUGCGGAAAGGCACGUGCGGCCAGAAUAACGCCUCAUCUCGCGAUGAUACGUGCGGGAAGCGACGGAGGAGCAACUUGAAAACGUGCAGCGACCGCCGCGCCGAUUUGCAGAAGGAAAAGAAAUGCAACGCUGGCGAAGCACGGUGUUGCAGCGGCAAGAAGAUUGAUUGCAACACGAAAGGACGAUGUUCCACAAGAAACAGCAUCUCUUCGUCGGAUACCGACGCGCGACGUUGCAGAAAUCGGCAGUCGAAGUCGUCGUGUGAACGCAAGGAGGAUAGCGCAAUCUGCACGGAUUCGUCAAAGAAGGAAAUCGAUUGUUUCCGAGAAUCGAAAUGCGGCAGACAACGGACUGACGAUGCAAUAUGUGGAAAAGUUCUGAGGGAACGCUUGAAAAAGAAUCGAUUCAGCGGCCGGAGAAGGGAUUGUUCUCGGAGCAGUAGCAACAAACGUCACAAGUCAGGCUGCUCCUCGGGAAAACGGCGAUACUCCCAACUGUCGUUUCUUUCCAAUUAUCCGCAAAGUCACGCGCCCUUCGGCGUCUUGAUUUCCGACACCGUUCGCGGUGUACGAACUGGCGAUGCGACACGCCGGCUUUAUGCCAGCUGCGACAAAGACAAGAAGAACGAUUCAAGAUCGAAUUCACUCAGCGAGAAACCGAAGGAAACGUGCGAAACCACGAAAAUGCAAGAAAGAAAAGAGAAAAUAUGCACGAAAGGUCCGGCGAAAUGUGUGCCCAGAAAAUCAGUCCCUGAUAAGUCACAGAUCUGUGACUCUACGUCAAGAGAGAAGAAACCAUGCGAACUUUCACAGAGGAGCUCCACGUGCUCUCGUGAGCAAUAUUGCGCCAACAGGAAAGGACUCGACGCGAAAAAGGAUCAGUCCACAGAACAACCGGAGGAGACUAGGGAGGAAUCGGUGAAGGAGAGAGUCGAGCGUGAAUUCAAAGAGAUGAACGAGUGCAAGAAGCAUCGCGACAAGAAAGACAAAAGAUGCAGGAGGUCCGCCGUAGAGAGCAAGACGGCAAGUGAAACGUGUGAUCAGUCGAAGAAGGAUAACACUCGUAAUUUCACAGGCUCGAUAGCAAGGCUGAGAAGCGCGCUGAAUGAAUUGAGCUUUUCAAGUCCUAUCAGUCGAUCAGGAGUCGUUCGUGACGAGUCGGCCAUUAUUGCGAGGAAUGUCGGGUCGUUGGACGUGAUGUUUGAUCGAUCGUUCUAUACGACGAAAGCGUAUCAGCAGGAUGAUUCCGCUGUCAAACGAAGCGCGGAUCACAGCGGAACGCUUCCGAGCAGUGUUAAUGGCGGCGAUUUUAUACACGGGGAUGAAUUGCCGCUUUUUAUCGAGGUAGAGAAUAACGAGGAAGAAGAGGCGGACGAGCGUAUCGAUCGAUCCUCAGAACGCGAUUGAAUCAUGAUCGAAGUCGAAAAUACAAGACGUAUCACGCCGAUUACGCGGUAGUCGAAUGGAGAGUAUACUGCUCGACAAGAUUUCCGCCACCGAUGGCGAAUCGACUCCACCACGAUACACGACGACACGUGGUCGUGCUUUCGACGCGAACCGGAAAGGGCCGAUUAUUCUUCCGGAAGAGGACGAAGGCGCGAGUCAUCGUGCGAGCGACUCGCUCUCGCUCGCGCUUUCGCCAGACGGACGUCUUUGUGGCGCGCGACGGAGGCGUGAAUGACGGUGGGCCAGGAGGCCCAAUUACGAGUUAUUCAGGCCUCGCCGCGGGGCAUCGCGCUUCAUAUGUAUGUAUGUGCGUAUGUACGCACCUACCUGACGCCUUCUCCCUUUUAUCGCGGCACAAGAGCGAGGGAGAGCGCGAAGGGGACGAAGAGGGGUGGCGGUGCGGCGAGCUGAGGUGAGGUGAAGUUGGGUGAAGGGUGGCGAGGGGUGAGAGCAGGAGAACGUGAGGACGUCUCUGCGGGAUUCCCGCCGCCACUUAUGGGAAUGUGAUACGAGCUUUUCGUCGGAUGCUCUCUUGCGUUUUCGCAUUGUUACGCAACCGUCCGCGCGUCACCCUCGUGCGCCCCGACAAAGGGAAUCAAUGUCAAUGCGCGCGCCAUGCUGCUGCGCGCUCUCUUACGCAAAGAUCCGCAUAGGUGCGAGUCGAGCACCGGAAUAAUGAUGAUCAGGAGAACGUUAAUAAGCGCGCGCGCGCGAGAUGUUGGCGGUUUACCUGGUCUCUCUAUCUUACUUUCGACAGUAAACUCUCCCAGUUCUCGAACUCCCGUCCAGCGAUGAGAUUCGCCCGGGUUUCUGUCAUGUUUCAUGGAUUGCGGACUUCGGCAAUGAUCGGUUUCUCACGUCAUCUCUUAGAGUAAAAGUGCCAAUGCAUGGACACCGGUAACACUGGGUAAACCGAUAAGUCCGUCGGGACGACGUACGCAAGCCGGUGCGGCGACCGGCCCUGAUUUGUCCCAUCGGCAAGAUCGAACGGCCGAUUUCGCAGCUCUUAGAGCGGACCGGGAGGGUCCCUGGGCGUCACAUUAUGGUGUCAACGACUCGCUCGUGGACCACAAACCGUCGGCAUCCGCGUGUCGAGGAUGAAUGCCGACGCCACGGGUGGCAGACAAGCGCAUACAAUCCGAAUAAAAUGUAUCAAUUCCGUCGUGGUGUGUCGGAGCCUCUUCUCGAGGCUCGAUUGUGCGCUUCUCUCGAAGGAAUCAAGUCCCGAACGCAACGGACGGCGUCGAUUAUCGCGUCGGUGCGACGAGUGCAUCGAAUUGCUGUGUUAUAUAAAUGACGCGAUAUAGCGAAUUUCAAUUGAGGCCGAAAUAUGAUCACAUGAGGACCGUUUGUGGUAAUCGGCCGCCUCGAGUUGCAGACCCAUCCGUCGGCGUUGCGUCGCCGUCGGUGCGUCACAACGAACGCAGAUUUCCUCCGCACUUCGCGAUUCGUUCGAGUCGUGUCUCACUCUUUUCACGAUUCUGGUUUCGUGGCUGAUUGCGAGACGCUGCGUCGUGUGCGAACUACAAUAAGCCAUACUCUCUGAAUUUCUUAAAGGAAAAUUUUACUCGGAAAGUAGAAUGACUACACUGAGAAAAAAUGAUUGUGUGUGAUAUUUGUAACUUCAAUCACAUAGAAAAAUAAUUACUACAAAUUAUA